AUGGACCAAGAACAACCAAUCAAGCAUGUUCAAGACACAGUUAGAGAAUUAAAUGCACAAGAAGCGGCCAGCCAUGACCAAUCCACCACCCCUAAUGCUCAUACCAAUGUCGUCGCUCACCAGAAAGACAGCCAUGACCAAUCCAUCACCCCUAAUGCUCAUACCAAUGCAGUCGCUCACCAGAAAGACAGCCAUGACCAAUCCACCACCCCUAAUGCUCAUACCAAUACCGUCGCUCACCAGAAAGACAGCCAUGACCAAUCCACCACCCAUAAUGCUCAUACCAAUGCCGUCGCUCACCAGAAAGAACCUAUCGGCGUUCAGGUGAUCCAAUCAAGCCCACUAAUGUCACGGACGGAUCAGCGAGGGGAAAUCACCAUCGGAGAAGCACUCGAAGCUACGGCUCUCACGGCGGGCCACCGCCCCGUCGACUACAGCGAUGCCGCAGCCAUACAGGCUGCGGAAGUCAGGGCAACCGGCCGUACCAAUAUCGUGCCAGGUGGCGUCGCUGCAGCGGCUCAAUCCGCUGCCACUCGCAACGCUAGAUUGCCUAAUGAUGAGGAAAAGACCAAACUCGGAGAAAUUCUUUCGGAUGCAAGUUCAAAGCUACCUUCGGACAAGCCGGUGACGCGUAGAGACGCGGAGGGAGUGAUCGGUGCUGAGCUGAGGAACGAUCCAAACCUGUGCACCCGGCCGGGCGGUGUAGCGGCCUCCGUUGCAGCCGCGGCGAGGCUUAACCAGACAAAUGCUUCUAAUAAUAAUCAAAACAAAACCGACUAAACAAAUCUUCAAUUCUUUUGCCUUUUUUGCU